AUGUCGCGAUCCCCUUGCGCGCCCUCCGACCCCUUCCUAACCGAUUCUCUGCCGAAAAGGCCACAACCUGGAAAUGGGGCUCCUUUUAGUAGACAGGAAGCCUACUUUUUCAGUUGCAAUAAGAUGAUCAUUUACAAGCAGUGGCUUUCGCUUCUGGGACUAUUAGAGCAGUUAUCCAAUGCGCAGCUUCUCGCCGAGCUCUUCCGCCACCCAAUGUUUCUCGUCUUUGUGGGCCUGGUGGCGUUCUUCCACGUUUCAGAGUUCACUUUAGCAGCCGUCUACGAUCGCGACAAUCUGGGAUACCACUCAUGGCUCAUCUCCCCGCCCUACUGCCUUGCCCUCCUGGCUGCGUGCGCCGAAUACUGGGUAGAGUCCAGCCUGUUUCCAGGCAUGAAGGGGCCUGAUGUGGUGUCACUUGUCGGCUUAGUGGUUGCGCUACUAGGAGAGGCGAUACGGAAGACUGGGAUCAUCACGGCGGGCAGCAGCUUCACACACCAUAUCAGGCACCACAGGGAGCAGAACCACAGGCUGAUCACAGAGGGGAUCUACAGGUACAUUCGACAUCCGGGCUACUUGGGGUGGUUCCUUUGGGCCGUGGGACUGCAAGCGAUGCUGUGCAACCCGGUCUGCUUCAUCUCCUUCGCCAUCAUCUCGUGGCGCUUCUUUGCUACUCGAAUACCCUACGAGGAACAUUUCCUCGUCACGUUCUUUGGUGAUAGGUAUGAUUCUUACCGAAAACGGACGCCAACAUACAUUCCAUUCAUAAAAUGAGCAAGCCGUUCUGAUCAAGUCCGACCUUAUCCUGAAGUUGCAUCAACUCCGUGCAUAGGGCAUUUGUUAAGGAAGCGGUGACGUGUUGUCACAAGAAAGCAAGCAUGCAUGGACGGUUCCAAGGAACAGCUUUGUGAAUAUGUCAUAUGCAAGUAAUGAGCCGGCCACCGAACAAUAAUCUGCUCCAGUACUAACAUGUACGAUGCUAUUUGACCCAACUUCAGCC